CUGGGCUCGGGGGGCUGUCGGUGCGGAGUUUUGUGCCAGUUAGUCCGCGGUUCUCUCCGGCCCGGCCAUGUCUGACCCAGCUCAGCAGCCCGCUCCUGGGGCUCCCGAAGGAGGGGCUCCCGAAGGAGGAGCUCCCGAAGGGGCAGCCCCCGGUGGGGGUCCCCCCGGGGCUCCCCCCAACCUGACCAGCAACCGCCGGCUGCAGCAGACGCAGGCCCAAGUGCAGGAGGUAGUUGAUAUAAUGUGUGUAAACGUAGACAAGGUGCUGCAACGAGAUGAGAAGCUGUCAGAGCUGGAUGACCGGGCAGAUGCACUUCAGGCUGGCGCCUCAGUAUUUGAAAGUAGUGCAGCAAAACUCAAAAGGAAGUACUGGUGGAAGAACUGCAAGAUGAUGAUCAUGAUGGGAGUGAUUGGUGCCCUUGUGGUGGUGGUGAUUGCAAUCUACUUUUUUACUUAAAUGUAGCUCCUUCAGUCUGCAACCUCCUGUCCCCUAUUACCUUGCCUGUCUCUUCUGGCCUCUGAAUUUUUCCUUUCCUUCCCUUUCACCUAGCUUCUUCAUUGAUUUCUUUAUUGGUUUUAAUUUGUCUUCUGUGUAGGACUCUGAGCUGCUUACUAAACAUAGGUAGACUUCUCAAUAGCUGCUGCAGCUUUAGGGAGCAUCCUCUAAGUUCAGAGGAAAGGGAAGUUGAGGAAGAGUGGGUAGCUGUUUGCUGCUGCUCUUCUGCAGGGAACUUCUUGUCUUUACUUUUGGGUGUAAGCUUGUCAAAUAGUGCCUGUGUGAACUCUAGUAAAAUAAGAAUGCCUUAACACAGUGCCUUUUGGGAUAAAGGACUUCAGCAUGUGAGAGUCUUUAGUGUUCUGCCUAAAAAGACUGGCAGCAUGACUUGAGCUUUUCAUUGAGCUGCUGAUAUAAAAGCUAGUUUGUGUUGGCCAGUGGCUGUGAGCCAUCUAAGCUACAUGUAGUGAUGUAGAUUUCUCUAGUCAUGGAAAGGUGAGCACGUGAAGAAAUAAUUGUUCUGCCUGUCCUUAUUUCCAGAUGACUUGCUGCCUGAACAUGGCCAUUUCAGUUUUUAUAAAGGAGGGCCUACAUGAUUACCUCAGUCAAAUGCAACAGGCUAAACACAGUUAAGUGAAAGGAGCAUUGUUACUGUCUAAAAGGCAUGUGUGGGAGUAAAGACUCUCUCCACAAGGAUCGAAUGAACAACAAUUAGUCUGGUGGGGAGUGUCAAAUAUGCCUUUCAUCUAUGCACACACAAGCCAGGACCCUGUAGCUUCCUACUGUCUUGUAGCUUUCCAGAAGGAAGACUUUGGAGUAGUGGCAGAAUGGGAAUUGGUGUUUUGCUUUUGAGUCACUGGGGUGAGCGUCAAGGAGGCUCACUGCCAUAGCCGAUAGAGAUGAAGGGGACUGGAGGUAUUCCAGAUGAGACUGAAUGAGCUGCACAGCUUUCUGCUGUUUCUGCUGCCACCAAGCCCUAACUUUCAGCAGGAGUUAGAAAACACUUGAAAUGUUUAGCUGGGGAUUCAAAGGGAAACUGUGCUCUGGGGCAUGGUUAUUGCAAAGUUGACAUCACGUGUCCCAGUUUGGCAACUUAUGUCUCUAAAGAUCUUGCUGAUUGAACUGAAUCCUCCUGCUUGCAAUGGGUUCUCUUGAAUUUAGGUCCAGAGUGGUCUCUGAGGGAAGUAAACUUGUGGCUGUGGCUUUCUGUGAGCAGUUCCUUUGUUCUUCUCUAUCAAAAGUAACAAGAGUUGUAAGUUGUUUGAAUGUGUUGUCAGACAUAGGUUAAAUGAGCUGCCCUGUUUCUGUAGAGUCUUUCAAGGAAUGUGUAUCUCGUCUUUUAACUUUUUUAACAAGCUGAGCUAGACUGGAAAGAGGGUACUCCUUUAAUUUAGAAACCUCUGCCUCUGUUCUGGAAUACACUGGGUUCUGUUUAGGCUUAAGAGGAGGCAGGGAGGACAUCACUGGAGUUCCCAGACAGAAAAAAGAUGGGAGGAGCAGAUGCUUUUUGUUUCAUUGGAUGUGCUGGGGAAGCCCCUUUGUGCCUCCCAGGGCAGCUGGCAAGGGGCUAGGUUUUGCAUGCUCACUUCCAUGCCCCAGCAUUUCAUUUGAGUUCAUCUCCCUGCAAUUCCAUUACUCUCCGCCUCAGGGGAGGGCAGAGAUGAAGAUCUGGAGAGAAGCAGCCCUCAUCCCCUGAGCACUUCCCUAAUUCCCUGCGGAACUGAGAUGGGAUGGACGGUCAGAAGUGCAUCUACUGAAGAGGAGCCAGGGCCUGCUUGUGCUACUUACUGCUCUCAUUUUAGGGGGUAGGCUUACAAGCUUGAGGCCCCCAGACCAGCAAUUCUCUCAAACUCUUCUAAACAAGCCUUUGGAUGCCCCAUUCCUCCUGUCUCUCUGGGAGCUGAGGUCCCCCUAGGUUGUCUCUUUCAUUUCUUUCUCUUAAGUGUUGUAUGUUGCCUCCUCCUCUGCUCCCUUUCCCCUCCUUUGUGUCUCUGUGCACGGGCAAAGCAAAUCACCAAGGCCUUCUUAGUAAAAGCAAGGGACUCUGCUGCCCAUGGCAUCACAGCCACUCAUGCACGUGCAGUUUAUUUACUUCCUCUAUAAACACAACUGUAAUCUCCUCUGGCAUGUUCUAGAAAUCAGCUCAUGUACUUUUAAUGGUCUCUAAGAAACACAAUUUACCACCUUA